AUGAUAGUUGCAUUCUUUGGUCCAGUUCUGGUACUUAUUGUCAUAUAUCUUGUAAUAUAUUAUAUUGUAAUGAAAGUAAAAAAACACUUUGCAAAGAGAUAUCAAAGUACAAAAAUACCACUUGAUCAUCAUGUAGGCCUUGAUCUCGAAGAUGUAAGAAUGGAUUCACAUUAUGGAGAAUUACCUUGUCUCAUAGCAAAUGUAUCUAUUUUGGACACUUCCUCAUCAAUAACACAUUCAACAUACAAAACACUCAAAAAUUUUCAUGAAAUUAAUCCAAAUAUUACUAAAUCUCCAGAUCAGUUAUCAGAUUUCGAUGACAGGAUUGGUUACGAUGGAACAGACGAUAUUUUUAAUAUUAAUGACAAUGAUAUGGAAGAUUCUAGUUAUACGCAGGGUCUUCGAUUCAAGUCUGAAUAUAGUAAAAAGAAUAACUAA